AUGGCUCCCAAGCGUGUUGCUGUUUCAUCUUCCUCCCGUCCUCAGAAGAGCUUCCUGAGCACGGUUUACGACGAGGCCACCAACCCUGAGAACGCGACCAUUGUCCGCAGCCUCCUGGUCUUCGGUGCCGGUGUCGCGUUCCUCCACAGCAGCCUCGGCGAGCUUCUGCUCCCGCCGUGA